AUGCAUUAUCUUCGUACUAGUCUCUCAGGGGAGCCAGCUCAACGCAUCGCGAAUCUUACGAUCCCGGAAACGAAUUGCGGAAAGUAUUGCGGGGGCCUCCACCACUCGAUGCUCCACAACCAGACAUCGAGUCAGCCUCAACGUCCAGCUCAGCAGAGGCAACAGACCAACUCGACCCAGGAAAAGGCCGUUCCGGUGGUGACCUACACCCACGAGAACGACAUCCCCAUGGUGGUGACUGGUCACCACUCAGAUUCCGGAUCCGCUCCAGACUUCCGCCCUGGGGUCCUUCUGGCUACCAGCCUUGCGCUUUUGGUACGCCCAGAUCAGCCAGCUCAUCAGGUUCGUCUACUCAUCGAUCCAGGGUCGGAAAUCUCCGUCAUCUCAGACCAGCUCGUUCGUCAGCUUGGGCUGUUAAGGCUCAAGACACAGCUACGAAUAUCGGGGAUUGGAGACACGGCAUCUGGGCCGGCAUUAGGCAAGGUUCGGCUCACAAUACAGUCCACUUGCUCUCACUUUCAGCUCAGAGUUUCUGCCUAUGCUCUCGGCCAGCUCACAACCUCAUUACCGACAUUCUCACCAAGUCAGCUCACAUGGGAUCAUCUGGAAGGACUCCAGCUCGCUGAUCCCGAUGUUCUCACACCAGCACCAAUUGACAUCCUUCUUGGCGCUGAUGUCUAUGGACAACUCAUCUUACCACAAGUCAUCACCAAUGGACCAAACUCACCAUCGGCUCAGCUCACGCGACUUGGAUGGAUCGUAUUCGGACCAACGGAAGGUCCUGAUACUACUCAAGUAGCAACUUCUCAUCUAACGGUCACCAACGAGGAUCUCAACGAACUGCUCACCAAAUUCUGGAUCCAGGAAGAGAUCCCUGGGACACCAGAGGUUCAGCUCAACGAGGAGGAAGCGCAGUGUGAAGAACACUUUCAACGGACCCACUCACGAGAUGCAUCUGGCCGCUACAUUGUUCGGAUACCGCUCAAAUCUCCAGUUUCCUCGCUAGGAGAUUCACGAUCGUCUGCACUCGCUUGCCUCCAUCGUCUGCUCAGGAAACUCUCACGUGAUGAGGUUUAUCGUCAGCUCUACACGGACUUCCUCAGGGAAUAUGAAGAGCUCGGCCACAUGCGUCGAGUCUCCGGACAGCUCGCUAGAUCAGCUCAUCAGCGCCAGCUCAAUGGGGGGGGGGGCACGGGCACCGAAAUGACCUUAGCACAUGAGGCCUCGGCUUCAGGAGGGUUGAGGGUUUCGGGCCGUCCGUGUUCUUCUCGGGCUGACGCUCCUCCGGAAUAUUUCUUCCCUCAUCACGGAGUUCUCAGGGCGAGCAGUGAGACAACGAAGCUCAGAGUUGUUUUCAACGGCUCCAACAAGACCAGCUCAGGACGAUCGUUGAACGAGAUUAUGCCCACGGGUGAGAAGUCGCAGAAGGAUAUCUCGGAUGUACUUUUCUUUUCUCGGCGGAAACGGCUCAUUUUCAUGACGGACAUAACCAAGAUGUUUCGUCAAAUUCGGGUACAUCCGGAAGAUUGGCCACUCCAACAAAUACUCUGGACCGACUCAAACGGAGAUAUCGCCACCUAUCAACUCACCACGGUCACAUAUGGCACUAGGUCAGCUCCGUUCCUCUCAAUGCGUGUUCUUCAUCAGCUCGUUGAGGAUGAAGGAUCGAACUAUCCUCUCGCUGUGGAACCGCUCAUGAAAGGACGAUAUGUUGACGAUAUCUGCGGGGGUGCUGACUCAGAUGAAGAGCUACUCAGGACCGCUCAUCAGGUGACACAGCUCUGUCGGUUAGGAGGCUUUCUGCUAGCCAAAUGGCACUCAAAUAGCCCAGCUCUACUCACAUCUCUUCAACCUGACAGCACCUCUCAAGAACAACGAUUCAUAGAGGACUCGCUCACCAAGAUUCUAGGGGUUUCUUGGCAUCCUGGAACGGACAACUUCAAGUUCUCCGUCACUCAGCCUGAGACCAGCUCAAUAACGAAGAGAAUCAUUUUAUCGGAAACGGCUCAACUCUUCGAUCCACUGGGUUUUCUAGCGCCAGUGGUCAUACGAGCGAAGAUAUUGCUCCAGGCUCUAUGGAUCGAGAAACUGUGA